GCCAGCCACCUCACUCUCUCGUCCCAUGCAAGGAAGCUCAAGCUCCUCGUGCGUCCACCCCAGCUCGGCGGGGGCGCCGGCGCCGCCCGUCCCAGGAGCCGAUGCCCCGCCGGCGCGCCGCAUCGUGGUGGCUCACCGGCUCCCCCUCCGCGCGUCGCCGGACUCGGACUCGCCCUUCGGCUUCGCCUUCUCCCUCGACCCCGACGCGCUCUCGCUCCAGCUCUCGCGCGGCCUCCCCGCGCCCGUCACCUACAUCGGCACCCUGCCCGCCUCGGCCGAAUCCAAGAUCGUCCCCUCCGACGAACUCGACGGCUACCUCUUGGAGCACUUCUCCUGCCUCCCUGUGCACCUCGACGGCGACCACCACGCCGAGUUCUACCACGGCUUCUGCAAGCACUACCUGUGGCCCCUGCUCCACUACAUGCUACCGUUCACGCCGGCCGACGUCGUCGGGAGCCUGCGCUUCGACGCCGCCUCGUACAGGGCGUUCAUCGCGGCGAACAGGCAGUUCGCCGGCCGCGUGAUCCAGGUGAUCUCCUCGGACGCCGGCGACCUCGUCAUCGUCCACGACUACCACCUCUGGGCGCUCCCCACCUUCCUCCGCCGCAAGUGCCCGCGCGCCGGCGUCGGCUUCUUCCUCCACUCGCCGUUCCCCUCCGCCGAGAUCGUCCGCUCCGUCCCCGUCCGCAACGAGCUCCUCGGCGGGCUUCUCAACGCUGACCUCGUCGGGUUCCACACCUUGGACUACGCGCACCAGUUCCUGUCCUGCUGUUCGCGCCUCCUCGGCAUCUCAUCCAACACUUCCCUGAACGGCCACACGAACAUCAACUACCACGGCCGGACCGUGCUGGUCAAGAUCUUCUCCGUCGGCGUCGACAUGGGUCAGCUCCGGGCUGCGCUGGCCUCGCCGGAGGCCGCCGCCAAGGCCAAGGAGAUCGCCGAGGCGUACCGCGGCCGCGUCAUCAUGGUGGGCGACGACGACGUCGACCUCUUCAAGGGCGUGCGCCUGAAGCUCCUCGCCCUGGAGAAGAUGUUGGAGGCGCACAGGGACAUGGCCCGGCAGGUGGUGCUCGUGCAGAUCAACAACCCCGCGCGCAGCCGCGGCCGCGACGUCGACGCCGUCCGCGUCGAGACGCGGCGCAUCGAGCAGCGCAUCAACAAGCUGUUGAUACGCUUCGGGUCCGAGCUGAUCGUCGUCACCAUCGACGGGCCGGUGCCCAUGAGCGAGAAGGUGGCCUACUACGCCGCCGCCGACUGCUGCGUCGUCAGCCCCGUGCGCGACGGGCUCAACCGGAUCCCCUACUUCUACACGGUGUGCCGGGAGGAGGCCCCCGGCGCGCGGAAGAGCGGCGCCGUCGUGGUGUCCGAGUUCGCCGGCUGCUCGGCGUCGCUGGGCGGCGCGAUCCGCGUGAACCCGCGAAACCCGGAGGCCCUGGCCGACGCCAUGCGCGCCGCGGUCACCAUGGGCGCCGAGGAGAAGCGGGCGCGGCACCGGACCAACUACAGCUACCUGAGCGCGCACGACGUGGCCACCUGGGCGCGGUCGUUCGACGAGGCCCUGCGGCUCGCCUGCAGGGACCACGCGGCGAUGAUGUUCGUCGGCCUCGGGUUCGGGAUGAGCUACCGUGCCGUGGCGGUGGGGCCGAGCUCCCAGAGGCUCACGGCCGAGCGCGUCCGGCCGGCGUACCGCGGCGCGGCGCGCAGGCUGAUACUGCUGGGUUACGACUUCACUAUGGUGCCCGAGCUGAUGGAUGAGAGGAAGAGAGCUACGAGUGAUGGAGUGCUUCGCCUCCUCGAUGAGCUGUGCGCUGAUCCAAGGAACAUCGUCUUCCUCGUCAGCGGCCGCCGCAAGGAGCAGCUGGCGGCGUGGUUUGCUCCAUGCGAGAAGCUCGGAAUCUGCGCGGAGCAUGGCUACUUCACAAGGUAAAACAACAAACAAUUUGCAAUUUGCAGUCAGUUACUGAUGAUCAUCGGUCAAGCUUUGGGAUGCCUGCAUUGUCACAUCACUGAGUAGUAUCAC